AUGCCCGUGCUGAUCCCCCAGGUGGAGCAGAGCCAGAGCAAGCGCGUCGGGGCCCCACAAUGGCGCGAGGAAGCCCAGGCCAAGAUGCUGGAGGCGCAUCGGCUGACGGCCCGCUGCGGGCAGGAGGCCGUGACCAUGUGGCAGCCCAAGGACAGCGUGUGGGAUCCGAACGUGGCGCACCACCUGUGCCGGGCCGCCUACAUCUUGCCCUGGCGCUUCCACGUGGAGAUGCUCCAAGAUGGGAGCACUCUGGAGAAGCCGCCGCCGGGCGAGGGCGUCACGCUGUGGAAGAGCAAGAUGAAGCCGCCCGCCUGGCACGCGCGCCUGCCGCUGCCCCUGAACCGCGACGCGCGCGCCCUGCAGACGGUGGACCUGGUGCAGGCGCACGCGCGCGGGUCGCGCCUCACCGCCGCGCGCCUGGGCCGCGCGCAGCAGCAGAUCAAUGGGCAGCUGCAGCUGCUGCAGCGCCAGCGCGAUGCCACCGACCACCGGCUCAGCGAGGUGCGCAAGGGCCUGCUCAUCAACCACCAGAGCGUCAAGCUGCGGGGCUACCGGCCCGAGUCUGAGAAGAUCCCUGACAAAGCUGACAGCAUGCUUAUCUGGGAGAAAGAGGAGUUAAAGAGCAUGAAGAGGAAGAUGGAGAAAGACAUGGAAAAAUCAGAGACCCUGCUCAAGGCCCUGGCCUCCUGCCGAGACACCCUGGUCUUCUGCUGCAAGGAGAGGCUCCAAGUUGUGGAUUUAAUGAACAAGCCCCUGGACAAGGUUCUGGAGCUGGCAGGCCGCCAUUCCUGGGUGGACCUCUCCCGCAUCCCCACCCCUCACACUCAGGGUCAGAAAACGCCGCCUAUAGACCCCGUGGGCUCGUAUACACCAGAGUGCGCCAUGGCGCUGAACCAAGCCAAGCGGCUGCUGAUGGAGUCCAAGGACACCUUGCAGGAAAUGGCCAAGAACGAGGAGGAAGUGGGGGAGCAGCAGCGGAAGAUCAGCGACAGCGUGUGCAAUUCGCUGGCCAUAAAGAUGCGCGAGACCACGGAGCUGAAGGAAAAAAUGAACAUGUCGGUAGGCCUGAUGAGGGGGACCAUCCACCGGUGCAACAAAUUCAACCAGGAGAUGUACAUCACUCGCGGCCUUAUCAAGGGUCCUCUGUCAAAGUGUCACCUGGAGACUCGAGAGAAGCUGGACAGACCGCUGGUCCGCGUGUACCAGAGGCACGUGGGCACCCAACUCCCAGAGCCCGUGCACCUCACCCUGGGCACUGACAAGCUGCAGCGCCACAUCUCGAACGUGGAGAAGAAUCUGGAGGACCUGCGCUCCACGCACCGGAACCUCACCCGCAGCCUCGACUGCAAGAGGAUCGGGCACGAGGUGGACUACAACGUGGUGCGCCUGCGCCUCCGCCAGCGGCACCCGCACGUCAACUACCAGCAGGCGCAGAGCCUGGUCAACGACUGGAACCCGCGCACGCUGCCCAAGGCAGGGACCCGCCCGCAAACACAGCCGCCAAAGCCUGGGACCCGCCUGCAAACACUGCCGCCAAAGCCUGGGACCCACCCACAAAUACUGCCGCCAAAAGCGGACAGCAAGGCUGCCAAGUAG